UUUUUUUUUGUCUAUUUCUUAUAAAAUUUUACGUUGUGUUUGUCUGAACAAUGGUGAGUUCCUCAACCACGAUCUCUGUUUCACGUGCCUCAAAGAAGUCUCGAUCUCCUACACCCCCGAAGAAGAUUACUGUUAAGGUCAAGACCCAACAGGAUGGAGUAGAGGAUGUAUACAAAAUAAACUAUAGUACGCAGCUGAAGAAACUAAUGGAUGCAUGCUGCACCAAGAGAAACUUGGAAGGCACUGUCAGAUUCGUCUUCGGCCAGAAACAGCUCAAUCCACGAAGCACUCCUGCUCAGUUGAAGAUGAAAGAUGGCGACCUCAUUGAUAUUGUCACUGAUCAAGACGGUGCUUAA